UUGACCACAAUCUUUUCUGUGAAGAGGAUUUAUUUUGCGGACUUUAUAGACUUCAGAGCUUUUUAUUGACAGAACGGGAUAUUUUAGAUUUUUUGUGUCGUGGAUUAACAUAAACAUGAGAAGCAAGUUUGUCAACUCUGGCACAUACGUGUAUAAAUAGAGAGUCAAGUUGUCGGUGUAAUAUUUUUGUUAAAGCGUAACAUUCACAAUGCAUGCGAGGGACUGCUACGUUUCAGCACCGGGUAAAGCGAUUCUGCACGGUGAGCAUGCUGUGGUGCAUGGAAAGGUCGCUCUGGCUGUGAGUUUGAACCUGCGCACAUACUUGCGCCUGCAGUCCACAUCAAAUGGAAAAGUGUGCAUCAAUCUCCCCAAUAUUGACACUUUCCUGUCCUGGGAAAUAACUGCACUGCAGCCUCUUCUGGAUGGUUGUAGAGAACAUGCAGUCCUGAAGCAGGAGCUUGAUGACGAUCUUUUGAUGAGACUCCGUGUAUUUACUGGCAUUGCAGAUGCUUCUACAGACACAAGAAGCAUGGCUGUUUUGGCAUUCCUUUACAUGUACCUGUCUGUUUUUGGCGAGGCGGAGUCUCUAGCCAGUAUCACAGUAUCUGUGUGGUCAGAGUUGCCCACAGGAGCUGGUUUAGGCUCCAGUGCCGCCUAUAAUGUUUGCCUGGCUGCCGGCCUGCUGUCUGCCAGAGGGAUCACAUCCUCUCCUCUCACACCCCAACAGGAUUCAGCCAGAUGGAGUAAAGAGGAGAUGGAUCUGAUUAACAGGUGGGCGUUUAUGGGUGAGAAGAUCAUCCACGGGAACCCUUCAGGGGUGGAUAAUGCUGUGGGUACAUGGGGUUGUUUCUUAAGAUACCAUGACGGGAACAUAACUCCACUAGACCGGGUCCCAGUUCUGAGAAUCCUUCUUACUAACACCAAAGUACCACGCAGCACCAAAGUGCUUGUUUCUGGAGUUAAGGACAAAAUUAACAAGUUUCCUGCUGUAAUGAAGCCGGUGUUGGCGUCAGUCGACGCUGUGUCCUGCACCUGUGAACAGACUCUAACGGAGAUGUCUGCACGUGGACCUUCAGCUGAGCAUUACAACAUACUCGAGGAGCUGAUUGAUAUAAACCAGCACCAUCUGAACGUGAUGGGUGUGGGUCACUCCUCUUUGGACACCCUGUGUAAGAUCACCCUGGCUUGGGGUCUACACAGCAAACUGACGGGGGCCGGAGGGGGAGGCUGUGGAAUCACUCUGCUCCGACCAGAAACAGAUGCAUCAGUGAUCCAGAGCACCGUUGAGGAGCUGCAGGCUUGUGGCUUUGACUGCUGGGAGACGAGUAUCGGAGGUCCAGGAGUACAGCAGCACUCUUCUGAUGCACUCACACGGGACAUACUGAAGAUACUUACCAGCUACUGAGACACAGAAAAUACCUCCUCAUUCACAGAUGCUUGUGCUGAUAUUUGGGAAGCUCAGUUGGCAUUCCUGGUUUGACAGAGAAAAAAUGGUGCAAUUCUAUAUGUUGUCUAUCAAGUUGAAGAAAGAAUAUUUGGUCUUUGGUAUAUUUGGUCAUUACAUUCAGAGCGAUUGUGGACACUUACAAGUAUUUUUCAUUUUCACAUCUUCACUUUUCUAAAUAUUUUAAAAGGAUAUAUUUGCUUUUUUAGGAAAUCUUGACAUUCAUCUACAUUUCGGAUAAAACAUACUGUUAAGGAACGUGAAAUAUAGGCACCACAGUUUGCGUGCAUCAUCCUCACCAUCAUAACUCAAAAAAUUUUGUUUCCACAUAAUUGACAUUGCUGUCAGUGAAGUUGCCAAUAGAGGGCAGCAGAGUGUAGGAAACGGAACUGAUGCACUCAAGCUUAUGCAUAAUAUAUAAUAAAAUGUAAUACUUUCUAAAUGAAUAAGUCAAUAAAUAUUAACAUCUUUC